UGAAGAAGAAGUGGCCGAAGCUGGCGCUACUCACAUGGAGAAAAUGGCGACAGAUGCAAAAAGGCCAAAGAUAGAUGAUGAGAAAUGUGUGCUGGACCCCUUGAAAAACUUCUUGCUGUGGUGCGAUAGUGUAAAGCUGACGCUCAGCGAUAAGGUGUACUUAAGUAAAGAGGGGACAGCAGCAGAAUAUGGCAUGUUUGCCGAAGAGGACAUCGAAGAGGGCCACGUCUUGUUCUCCAUACCCAGAGAGGUUCUUCUGCAUCACGGCACCACUAAAGUAAAAAAGGUCCUUGAGGAAGGGAAAACAUCUUUGGAGAGCGCAUCAGGCUGGGUUCCUCUUCUUCUGGGUCUCCUAUACGAGUACACAUGUCCACAAUCCCACUGGAAACCAUAUUUGUCUCUCUGGCCCGAUUUUAGGACACUGGAUCAACCCAUGUUCUGGUCCGAGGAGGAGCGUGAUAAACUCCUGAAAGGCACAGGAAUUCCAGAGGCUGUCAAAACAGAUCUGAAAAAACUCCAGGAUGAGUACAAUAACAUAGUCCUUCCUUUCAUGAAGUCCCAUCCUGACCUGUGGGACCCUGAGAAGCACACGCUGGAGCUCUACAAGAGCCUGGUAGCAUUUGUAAUGGCCUAUAGUUUUCAAGAGCCUGUAGAGGAUGAGGAUGAAGAAGAAGAAAAAGAGCCUAACCCUCCAAUGAUGGUGCCCAUGGCUGACAUGCUGAAUCACGUUUCCAAGCACAACGCUAAUCUGGAAUAUACACCCGAGUGUUUGAAGAUGGUGUCCGUACGGCACAUUGAAAAGGGCGAGGAGGUCUUUAACACCUACGGACAGAUGGCAAACUGGCAGCUCCUCCACAUGUACGGCUUUGCAGAGCCGUUUCCUACUAACAGCAAUGAUACUGCAGAUAUACAGAUGUCCAGUGUGUACAAAGCAGCAGUGCAAGCGGCACAAAGUGAAGCAGAUCAAAGGCUCCUAGUGGACAAAUGGAACAUGUUGUGUGAAAUGGAGAUAGUUGGGGAGAAAGGGGUUUUCAUCUUCGGCCAAUCAGGCUCACUUACUUACAGUGAGCUCUACACUACACUGAAGGUCCUGUGCAUGCCGCUGCAACAUUUCGAGGAGUUCUGUGAAAACGAAGGCUGGGAGGAAGAUGAAGAGAAUGAGGAUGAUAAAAUGGAGCAGGCUCUGAGUUUCGACGGACUGACGGGGUUGUCAGCAGAGUGGAAAUGUCUCCUGCAUGCGGCAGCUGCUCUGAUGCUGGACUCCUAUUCUGAGGAUGUAGAGGCGGACAGGAAGCGGCUGGAAGAUCAGGGAGCUCUGGCUGAACUCAGCAGCAGAGAGAGGAGAGCUCUGCAUGUGUGUUACGGUCAGAAGAGCAUUCUACAGCGCUUGCAGCAGCUCACCAAACCUAUGUCUUAAUGUAUGGGUUUCACAAACAUUCUUACAUAUGUCAUAUGUGGUGUUGACACUGCAUUCUACAGUUGUCAAGAUUAAAAAAUCCUCAGCCGAUAUAGUGUAAUUGAAUUUGCAAACUGUGUAGUUUGAGUUUUCCAUUUUGUAUGCUGUACAUUUUGCUUUCAAAAAAUAAUUUGGAAUACGGUUCAGAUUGUGUUUUGAUUGACGUAAAGGUGGUUUAUUUAGUGUGGCUUUUGGUGAGUUCGAGUCCAGUCACAUUUAUGAAUUUAGCAGACACUUUUACUAAAUGAAGGCAUGUAUUUCCUGGGAAUUGAACAUAAUACCUUAACAUUGCUAGUGCUAUGUGGUACUGUUUGAGCUACAGGAAAAUCAUGUCGGCAUAAACAUAUUUGAGCACAUUAAAGCAAUGUAAUUUUUUUUUUUUUACCUUGAAAAGGUAAAAAGCAGUUUAAAAAUAAUUCUGUUUGUACACUGACUUGUAAAAGGCUUGCGUUCUUCCCAAGUCUGUUCUGGGAGUACGCAAGUUUGGUGUGCGAGUACAAAACCCAGCAAAAAGGCUGUAUUCAUGGGUUUCAGUCAUGUGACUUUUUUGUUGCGGCCGCCAUCUUUAGGACUUUGCGUAGCCUCUCCUUGGUGAUCGGAAAUCAAAAUAACACUUCAACAACAAAAAACAAUGGUAUUUAAAAAAAAACAAAAAACUUUAGGAUUAGAUCCUUAUUUACUGUCAAGCAAACUGCUGACUCCACUAAGUCUAGUGAAAACUUACCAAUUUGACGUUUGCUGAUAGGCUAUUUACAUCUACCUCAUACACAAUCCCUCUCCGUACACUCGGGCCAGAUUCAGUUAAAUUUUCACCUGCUAGAGACUUGUCCAUCGGCCCGGCUCCAUCUGCCGCACCCGGCCUAGAUGCUUGCGUACUCACUUUCAGAUUCUGGGCCAAAUCAACUGGACCAGAUGCAAUGCUGUAACUUGCCAACACUGUCGCAUCCAAACCAGAUUCGGCCCGUUGCGCAGCACGCCAAUUCAUUUUUGGGUGAAGGUGAACUAUCCCUUUAACAAGGACCAGAAACC